AUGAAGCCGCGGUCCCCACCCACCCUCCUGAAGCUAGCCACGAAGCGCCUGAUGAAGCUUGAGGCUUUGGCCCUGGCCACCGUGCCGAAGCUGCCCCCGCAGUUCUUCCCAACCCUGUUCUUAGAGGCCUAUAUUGGGAGGCACUCUGCGAUCCUGAAGGCCGUGGUGCAGGCCUGGCCCUUCGCCUGCCUCCCUUUGGGAGCCCUGAUGAGGACCCCUCAUUUAAGGACCUUGAUGACUGUGCUGGAUGGACUUGAAGACCUGCUUACCGGGAAGGUUUGUCCCAGGCCCGUGAAGCUGCAGGUGGUGGAGUUACGGGACAUUCAUCGUGACUUCUGGAACGUGUGGUUUGGGCGCCCGGAUUCUCCCAUUUGCCUGAAGGCCAAGCAUCAGAGGCUGGUCCUGCAGCACGAUCCGCGCCCACACGCAAGGAAGACCUUGAAGGUGUCCAUUGAACUUUACCUCAAGGAUGAAACCCUGGACAAGUUUCUGUCCCACCUGUUUCUGUGGGUGGAGGAGAGGAAAGGUUUGCUGCAUGUGGUCUGUGAGAGGCUCCGCAUCUUGGCCAUGCCCAUCCGAAACGUCAGCAAGGUGCUGAAUUUCGUAGAACUAGACUCCAUCCGGGAGGUGGAAGUGCUUUGCCCCUGGAAAUUAUCCACUUUGGCCAAGUUUGCUCCUUAUCUGGGCCAGAUGAUCAAUGUAUGGAAGUUGCGUCUCUCACACAUCCACGUGUCUGCCUCCAUGACGGCACAGAGGAAGGAGGAGCUCAUCAGCGAGUUCAUCUCCCACUUCCACCAUCUGGACUGCCUGCAGGAGCUCCAUCUGGACUCCGUGUCCUUCCUUGAAGAUCACCUCAAAGAGAUGCUCAGGUGCCUGAGGAGCCCGCUGGAGGUCCUCUACAUAACCGACUGCCAGCUCUCCGAAGCUGAUGUCCGCUAUCUGUCCCGGUGCCCAGACAUCGGUGGGCUCAAAUACCUGUGCCUCAGUGGGGUCGUACUGACCCGCUUCAGCCCCAGGUCCCUCCGAGUUCUGCUGGAGAGAGUGGCAGCCACCCUCAAGGUCCUCGAGCUGGAGAACUGUAGGAUGAUAGGCUCCCGGUUCAGAACCAUCCUGCCUGCCCUGAGCCAGUGCUACCAGCUCACAAGGCUCAACUGCCUGCAGAACUACCUGCCCAUGGCUGUGCUGAAGAGCCUGCUGCAACGCACCAUCAGGCUGAAAAAGCUGCGCCUGGAGCUGUACCCCCUGCCGCUGGAGCUGUGCGGGAUGCCAGUUGCCGAGUCCCGAAGGAGACUGGAGGAGUUCUGUGGUGAGCUGGUGGAGACGCUAACGCCAUUCAUACAAACCAAGAAAGUGUGGUUUGGCACCUUGCCCUGCCCCACCUGCAACAACCAGGCAAUGUACGACAUGCAGUCCAAACGGUGCCUCUGCUGUGUCCCCAGCUAG